AAGAGGAAGAGAGAGGGGAGGGGGGAAAAACUAAGACAAAAGUUAACUAGUGACUAGAAAGGUAUAAAUUGUUGCAGAGUUGCAGAGUUCGACCUGUUUGGCUGCAGCCACCUCACCAAUAGGAAUUUCCGACAGAGGCAGAGACAACCACCCAAACGCCAUCAUGACCCAUCAGUUUCCAGCCCUCUCUCCAGAGCAGAAGAAAUCCCUCUCAGACACGGCUAAGAGGAUCGUGGCCGCAGGCAAAGGAAUCCUGGCCGCGGAUGAAUCUGUUGGUACUAUGGGCAACCGACUGCAGCGUAUCAAAGUGGAGAACACAGAAGAGAACCGCCGGGCCUUCCGAGACAUCCUCUUCUCUUCCGACACCUCCAUCAAUCAGCAGAUAGGGGGUGUCAUUUUUUUCCACGAGACCCUCUAUCAGAAGGACAGCACUGGCAAGCUCUUCCCGGCUGUCAUCAAGGACAAGGGCAUCGUGGUUGGAAUCAAGCUGGACAAAGGCACAGCUCCAUUGGCGGGAACGAAUGGAGAAACCACCAUUCAAGGUUUGGACGGCCUUGCUGAGCGCUGUGCCCAGUAUAAGAAGGAUGGAGCUGACUUUGGCAAGUGGCGUGCUGUGUUGAAAAUUACAGAUACGACCCCCUCCACUCUUGCCAUCCAGGAGAACGCUAAUACGCUGGCACGUUAUGCCAGUAUCUGCCAACAGCAUGGACUAGUCCCCAUCGUGGAGCCUGAGAUCCUGCCCGAUGGAGACCAUGACCUCCAACGGUGCCAGUACGUGACAGAAAAGGUGCUGGCUGCUGUGUACAAGGCCUUGAACGACCACCAUGUCUACCUGGAAGGAACAUUGCUGAAGCCCAACAUGGUGACUGCAGGGCAAUCUUGUCCCAAGAAGUGCACCCCCGAAGAGGUGGCCAUGGCCACAGUGACAGCUCUCCAUCGCACUGUCCCAGCGGCUGUUCCAGGCAUCUGCUUCCUUUCUGGGGGCCAAAGCGAGGAGGAGGCUUCCGUCAACCUCAAUGCCAUCAAUCUCUGCCCUCUGCCUAAACCUUGGAAGCUGACUUUUUCCUACGGGAGGGCUUUGCAAGCAUCGGCUCUGGCUGCCUGGUCUGGGAAGCCUGAGAACAAGAAAGCUGCUCAGGAAGCCUUCUGCAAACGGGCAAAGAUAAAUGGCUUAGCUUGCAAAGGCCAAUACAUCACCUCUGGAAAGACCAGUGGAGCAGCCACCCAGUCUCUUUUCACUGCCAGUUACACAUACUAAUUCAGAAAACGGUGCAACUAGCUUGCCCCUCAUUGCAGCUGGCAGGAUAUCCAAAGGGAAAACAUCUCACACUACGUCCCCAUCAGAAGCGGCAAAUAAAUGGAUUGGAAUAAAAGGUCCCACGGCACACUUCUAAUCCUUCAGCACGAGGUUAAAAUAACUUCACUGCAUCUACACAUUCCAAAAUAACUUGACAGGUUUUAUGGAUCCAUCCUUCACUGACUUUAAUCCUCUCCUUGGGCAGCUGGUUUUGUUUUGUUUUUUAAAGAUGUCUCCCAUAGCCAACUGGGGAGCUGCAUACAGCCCCUGUGUUUUUUCUCUUUCUCCACCCCUGAUAACAUUGCCAGUUGAGAUACAACAACAGACAAGAGAGAGAGCAUGAAACACACUCUUUAAUCCAUAAUGUUUUCGAUGUAUAAACUGUGAAUCAAUUUCCUGUCAAAGUGAAAAGAUUAAAUGAAAUAAAAAUUGAGAAACUUUAA